AUGCUUCGUCGCACCCUUGGUGAUUCAUGGCACCACCACAUGCGAGGAAGUUCGUCCAACCUGUUGGCCAUGGGAAUUCUCCCCGCAUCCAAGUGGCGCUUUCUGCGACAUCUCAGCCUUGCAGAUAACGGCUUGACUUCCAUUGCGGCAACCAGCCUCAGUCCCCUUUCCAAUACCCUCCAAUCACUAGACCUUUCAUCCAACCUGUUCACCGAGAUCCCGGAUAGUCUCGCUACACUCACCGCCCUGCGUGCUCUUAAUCUUUCUCAUUGCAUGAUUGAUUCCCUCCACUCCUUGACACGCAAUCCUCUUCCAGCAAUCACAGCCCUCAAUCUUCGGGGAAACAGGCUCCAGUCCAUCGCCGGCAUCGAGAAGCUGUACCCCUUGGAGAGGUUGGAUCUACGAGAGAACCGCCUUACCGACCCCACGGAGAUUGCCCGGCUUACCGGCAUCCCUGAUAUCCGAGAAAUCUGGGUUGAUGGAAAUCCAUUUACGCGUACUCACCGAGAUUAUCGCGUAACCAUCUUCAAUCUGUUCCGUCAAACUCCCGGCUACACCGAAGACAUCAUCAUUGAUGGCAUGGGCCCGAGCUACUCCGAAAAACGCUUGUUAGUGGAGCGUGCGCCACUCCCUGCCGUUGUCCCCGUUGUGAAGCCUACGCUCCCGGAGAUUCCGGCCGUAGAUGUGAGCAAGCCAGCCAUUAUCUAUGAUGCCCCACGCGAACCCCAUGUCUUGAGGAAAGAGCGCCCAGCAUCCAAGAUAGUGUCUAGCGAGGUUAGCGUAGCGUCAUCGCGAAGACGGAAGGCCCCUAAGAGACGCAUCGUUGACUUGGCUGUAUCAGAGCCGACGCCAAGCGUGCAGCCACAACAGACUCUUCAGUGCACUCCCUUGAAGAAGACGACGGUUAUAAUCGGAAGCCCGGAAGCAGCGGGUAACUUGACAGAAUCAAGCGUUACCGAAGUAGAGACUCCUCCUUCAGAAACACCUCUCUUGGCCGCACCCUUUCUCGCGAAAGGUCAGGAGAUGGGCAUUCCCAGCCCGCCCCAGCCUUCACUCCCCACCUGA